AUGAAUAUGAACGGCUUCGACCCAUUCGAAUGGCGUUCGUUUUACUUUCCUGGAAUGAGCCGUGAAGAUGCACACAAACUGCUCGGCGAACCACGAGUCUCGAUCGGCACAUUUUUGAUGAGAGACAGCUCACAGCCCGGCGAGUACUCGCUCUCCGUUCGAGAAGCUGACGAAGGAAACACAGUAUGUCAUUACUUGAUUGUAAGAGACGUUAAAGAAGAUGGUACAGCUGGUGUAAAGAUAGCUGAACAGUCCUUUCCUGAUAUUCCUGCUCUUCUGAAUCAUUUCAAAAUGCGUGUGUUAACAGAAGCCAGUCUUCUUUCCGCGUAUAAGAAACCCAUAAUUGAAGUCGUGGUUGGAACAUUCAAGUUCACCGGAGAACGAGAAACAGAUCUUCCUUUCGAACAAGGCGAAAGGCUGGAGAUUCUCUCUAAAACCAAUAACGAUUGGUGGGAAGCAAGAAACGCUUUGGGAACGACUGGACUAGUUCCAGCAAACUAUGUACAGGUUCAGAGCGGAGAAUUCGCCAAUGAAAGGAUCUCCAAAGGCACUAGUCAAUCUUCGAUUGGAAGUAGUGGUAAUGGAGCUGAACGAUUCUCAAGCACAAGCACAAGCAGUGAAAAUGCCGAGGCUCAUCCUACCUUGCCAACAACAGCCAAAGUGACAUUCGACAGAGUGCCGAACGCCUACGAUCCCACCCAACUGCGAGUGAAAAAAGGACAAACUGUUCGUGUCCUCGAAAAAAUGUCCAACGGAAUGUACAGAGCAGAACUUGAUGGACAAAUCGGAUCAGUUCCUUUCACCUACAUCAGAUUCAACACUGCCAACCAAUAG